AUGCCCUUUGGUAAUAACAGUAAAAUUGUACGAUUGGAUACUGAAAGUUUUAAGCAAAGUCUUAUUGAACCUGCAGAUGUAGUAAAGGUGGAUGAUUUUAAUAGACUCAAUGAUUAUGUUAGAACAUCAUUUACCAAUUUAAAAUAUGAUAUUAAACAUUUGGUAUAUGUAUCAGAAUCAAUUAAGAAAAUGCACGAAAAUGUUAACAAUAUCUGCUCAGAACUGUGUGUGACAAAAAACUCUAAUUUAACUGCUGUAUCUGUAUUAAACAAUGAAACCCCCCCUAUAUCUAACGAAGAAACUAUAAACAAUUUUGAAAUGUUACUCGAAUCUUCUGCUUAUAGAGAUAAAUUUGUAAAAUUAUCACUUUUAGUCGGAAAAACUAUUCCUGAAACCAUAAGACGCAUGAUGCAAAAACUAUUUUUCGAUGAUUGGUUACUCAAUUACUCCUAUAUUGGAUUUAAAGGCAAAAACAAAUUUUCUUCUUUGCACUCGUGUAAAAUAAUAUUUGAAGCUGUUCGAAGCUGUUCAAAGUUUGAAAAAAUUCCUGAUAUGGGAAUAGCACUUAGAAUAUGCAAGUGGAUGGCUCGAGCCACUAAUCGCAUUAAUAAAAAAACUAAAGAAAAAUUGUAA